AUGUUGGUGGCACUGCUGAUAGUGGUGCUUGUCACCGCCCUGUUUCUAGCCUGGUUCUACCUUUUUAGAAACAACACUGACAUUCCUGUCUCCCCCGGUUCUAAACCGAUUGUUGGACACAUGCAUCACUUCAUGGACGUUACCAAGGACACUCUUUAUCUAGGUUUCAACACUGUAACUGCAGCUGAACCCCUCCUCAAAUCAAACGUUAACAUCAACAAAAACUUCCAAUACGAUGCAGUUUCUGGGUGGCUGAAGAACAGUGUCCUCGUACUCCCCGGACAAGAAUGGCAAAAACGACGUAAGAUGCUUACUCCUGCUUUCCAUUUUAACAUUCUGGAAGACUUCUCCGAAACGAUGAAAAAACACGCCAGUUUGUUUGUCUCGAUGCUGAAAGCGGACCCAACCAAGCUUAUAUGUGAAGUUAUAGAGGAAGCCACAUUUUAUAGCUUAUGCGAAACAUCUUUUGGUAUUGAGUUCGAAAGUGGGGAGGAAGCAAAAGCCCUUUUUGCUCCCAUGGCGGCCCUGAUGGCCGAAUUUGCGAUGAGAACAUCUUCCCAAAACCCCUUAAUCCAAUCCGAUUGGUACUACAACAGGACGCAGGGUGGAAAGCUUUGGAAUUCUUCUGUACAUGAGUUGAACAGACAUAUAAUGGGAAUGAUAAAUAAGGCGAAAACGGCAUUGGAGUUGGGUGAAACUAAGCUGCACAAAGGAAAACGAGCAUUCCUGGACCAAAUGGUCUACGAACAGGCUGAGCGAGGGGAGCUUACUGACGAACAAGGUAAGGACUUUGAUGAUAUUGAACAUGGAAGUUUACCGUACCUAGGAAUGGUCGUUAAGGAAACCUUGAGGCUCCAGCCCCCUGCUUCUAUUAUCGGACGCAGGCUAACUGAACCAAUGGAUGCUGAUGGUCACAUGCUUCCCGCUGGAACCAACCUUGACGUAUCCAUUUGGUGGCUUCACCGGGAUCCUGAGCAUUGGGACAACGCCGAGGAGUUUGACCCAGAAAGAUUCUCAGAGGAAAACUCCCGAGGCAGAAACCCCUACGCAUUUGUUCCUUUUUCUGCAGGACCUCGCAAUUGUAUAGGUCAAAGAUUUGGCAAUGUUGAAACACGAAAACGAGCAUUCCUGGACCAAAUGGUCUCCGAACAGGCUGAGCGAGGGGACUUUACUGACGAACAAAUAAUCGGAGAAUGCAACACAAUAUUACUUGCUGGCCAUGCCACGACUACUGGAACCAUAGCUUUCUGUGUGUACUAUCUUUGUAGGCAUCAAGAUGUCCAGGAACGUCUUUACAAGGAAAUCGCUGACCACCUGGAAGGUAAGGACUUUGAUGAUAUUGAACAUGGAAGUUUACCGUACCUAGGAAUGGUCGUGAGGCUCCAGCCCCCUGCUUCUACCAUGGGUCGCAGGCUGUCUGAACCAAUGUAUGCUGAUGGUCACAUGCUGCCCGCCGGAACCAACCUUGACGUAUCCAUUUGGUGGCUGCACCGAGAUCCUGAGCAUUGGGACAACGCCGAGGAGUUUGACCCAGAAAGAUUCUCAGAGAAAAACUCCCGAGGCAGAAACCCCUACGCAUUUGUUCCCUUUUCUGCAGGACCUCGCAACUGUAUAGGUCAAAAAUUUGCCAAUGUUGAAACACGUUUGUUUAUUGCAGCUUUGGUUUAUAACUUUAAAAUGACGUCAGAGCAAGAGAUCGGCAAAGGAUUGUUCAGGAAUAUACAAGGUGUUUCGGCUGUUCCUGGUCCGGACUUCAAAGUUGACUUCACUCCCAGAGUUUAAGAUAAAUAUAAUAUUAAUUAAAAUACAAGUUCUAGAUGAGGGAUUGUGAGAUAAAAAUUAUAUUAUGUAUAAUUGUAGAAGAGUAUAAGCUUACUGCAAGCCGA